AUGGUGCCCACCCACAUUGAGCUCGACGCGCCCGACGGCUACAACCACACGGUGACGCCCAAGGUCCUUCCCGACGUGACGUCGCCCCGCACGACGCCACCGCUGCCGGGCUGCAGCGUGGCCUUUCUGUUUCUCCUCGCAGCCCCCAAGAUGGCCAUGAACAUGGCGUGGGCCGCGCAGUGGGCUGCGUUUGGUCCGCUUCUCGAGACGAUGGUGCCCAGCUGGGCCGUGCAGCUCAUCCAGAUUGUCGGGCCCAUGACCGGGCUCCUCGUCGCGCCGACCGUCGGCGUGCUCAGCGACGCGUGCACGAGCGGCUACGGGCGUCGGCGGCCGUUCCUUUUGUUUGGCGCGAUCACCAGCGCGCUCUGCUGGCUGCUCAUGAUGUUUGCCCGCGAGAUUGGUGUCGCCCUCGGUGACGCCGGCACGCACCAGCCGAUGACGGCGCUUGUCACGAUCGUCUGCUACGUGUGGAUGGACAUGUCGGUCAACAUCACCCAGACCCCGGUCAACCUCAUCGUCGCCGACUUUGCGGGGCCGCGCCAAGUGCUCGCGGCGUCGAUCGGCCAAGGCUACGCGAUCGCCGGCUCGUUUUGCGUCUCGGGCUACAUCUUGGCGUUUGGCCCGGCCCACGAGUCGAUCCACGCUUUUCUCGGUAUGCUCAUCGGCGUCAUGCUGCUCACGGUGCUGCCCGUGUGCCUCUUUGCCAAGGAGACGCCGCUGUCGCUGCCCGACGCCCCCAUUGCACGCUGCACCCGCGUCCUCCAUGCGUUUGGCGCGGUCUACACGGGCCUCAAGACGCUGCCGCGGGACUUGGUCGCAUUUUGCGUCUGCUUCUUGCUCGUGCAGUACGGCUACACGGCUUACAACGGGGCCAAAGGCCAGUUUUUCGGGCUUGUGGUCUUGGACGGCGACGCCAGCGGUGCCAACGCCUGCGGCAGCAGCUGUUCGCUGAAGCAAGAUGCGUACAACCGAGGCGUCGCGCUCGCGGGCGGCGUCACCGACACGCUCUUCAACGUUGUCGGCCUGCUCUACAUGGUGCUGCUGCCGUAUCUGGUCGCUGCCGCCGGCGCCAAGUGGGUGCUGACGCUCUCGAUGCUGCCCCAGGCGCUCCUCAUCGUCAUGGCGUUCUCCAAAAUGGUGACGCUCAACGUGGUCCUCGUCGUCCUCUGCGCGAUCACGCAGAACGCGCUCUUUGCGAUGCAAAUCCCAGUCAUUCUCCACGUCGUUGGCCACGGCGAAGACAACAAGCUCGGUUUGUACGCCGGCGCCUUCAACUCGGCCAACUGCGCCGGGCAGCUGCUCAACUUUGCCGCCGCGUCGGCGCUCGUGCAGACAUCGAUGGGCCACGCCCUCCCGGUGCUCGUUGGCGGCGUCGUCAGCCUCGCGGCCGUCGUCGUCGCGGCUGUCGCCCUCGAAAUGCCAGGCAUGUAG